CCCUAGGUCGCGCACCAUGGUUCUACCCUGUAAUUUUAUGGAAGGCCUUCGGGCUAUAGACGUUACUUUAGAUAGACUGGAAACAAACAGAAUGCCUAAAUCGGAUCUAUCGCCGGACUGCAUCAUCACUCCAGGAUCGGUCACCUUGCUUCCUUCCUGCGUCCGGGUCCGUGCUUGUCAUUGCCCAUGAUACCCUAGGAGACUAUAGCGCACGUCUUCCGGCCUAUCACUAUGAAGAAGUUCUUCAACAACCUUGCUCCGAAUCGUGGACCCAAGGCGGCUGCAGCGACGACAGCGACGAGCACGCCUGCGACGCCACUCACUCCAACCGUUGCGCAUACAACCGGUCUCCAAGCGAAGUUCGUCAUCCCUCCUGUCCCCCAUCCUGCCCCAUAUCACUAUCUUUGUAUACUUGCGCGUUCUGAGGGCUUGCUCGUACGAUCACAUCUGCCCGGUGAAGGACAUGAUGAUCUGCAAUCAUACGUCCGCGUCUCGUGGGGUUCGCCGGUGAAGGCCGAGGAAGUGCAGGUCGAUGAGAAGAACAAGAUCGACUGGAGCGAGGGGGCUGUUGUCUAUGGCUUGCUGGGCUCGCUGGAUCUGUUCUCAGGCGCGUAUGUGCUGGUCAUAACGUCGAAGGCGGACAUAGGGAACUUCCUCGAUGGUAGUCGCGCAGUCUACGGCGUCAAGGGUGUCACUGCGAUCCCUAUGGAUGAAGAACGCGCGCGACGCACCAUCAUAUCCAUUGCAUCUCGCAAUAAGCACCUCGCACGCCCCUCUGUUCUCGUCCGGUCGUCCACGAUGGAUACGGUCGGUGAAUCAGGAGCAAGCGACUCCGAAGAGUCUCCUGAGACGCCCAAGGCCAAGGUCCAGUUCGCGGACGAAGCCGACGUCAAGAUCAUGACACCUCGCAGCGACAGUUCUAUGGACGUCCCUCGGCCGUACAGACAUUCGCGCGCCGAAUCCGUCGAUUCGUUGGCUUCAGACAUCUCCGCGUCUUCCUCAAUGCAGUCAAGCGAUUCGAUGUCCAAUGUCAGCAGCCAAAGCAGCGUAGCCCAGACGCUUGCUUCCCGCCUGUCCUUCUGGAAGACGACGCGGGCACCCGCAGCUACUACUGCUCCAGGGCCAUCAGCAGACACGCAAAGCACUGCGCAAGAGGGCAAUGCCUAUGUUGAGGGAGUCAACGAGAUACUCGCCGCCGCGACACCCGCCGCGGAGCCGGUGAACGUCGAAGAAAGGAAUUCCCAGCUCGACGACAAGAUCGUGAAGGAGUGUAUACGCGAGUUCACCAAAGGGGACAUGUAUUUCGCGUAUAACUUUGAUAUAACCCGAUGCCUUCAGCACAAGCAAGAGUUGAUUGCAAAGUCGCAGAAGCAGCACGCACUCAUGGACGAGUUGACCGCCUCUCACUCGGGAGAGGUCGCAGAUUCGGAACGUCAAGGAUCGCAUACGGUGAACGUACUGGACGAGCCGCAUCCUACUCUCCCUCUGUGGCGGCGCGUCAAUAGGCAAUUCUGGUGGAAUGAAUCCUUGUCGAAGGCCUUCGUUGAUGCUGGGCUUCACUCUUACGUCCUUCCGGUCAUGCAAGGAUACUACCAGAUAUCCACCUUCCAGACAUCGCAGGACCCCAUCACCGGCGACCAAGCGUCUGUCGACUAUAUCAUCAUUUCUCGGCGGUCCCGAGAUCGCGCAGGGUUGCGGUAUCAGAGAAGAGGGAUUGACGACGAUGCCCAUGUUGCGAAUUUCGUGGAGACGGAGACGGUGAUGCGCGUGGAGCGUGAGGGAUCUCAGAACGUGUUCUCUUACUUGCAAAUACGAGGAUCAAUCCCUCUCUUCUGGACGCAGACAGGAUAUGGCCUCAAGCCGCCACCUGUCCUCGCUGCCGACCACACUCCCGCCCAGAAUAUCGACGCGAUGAAGCGGCACUUCCAGAGGACCUUGACGCGAUAUGGUCCGCAUACCAUUGUCAACCUCGCAGAGCAGAGUGGCAAGGAAGGCGCGAUAACCGGCAAGUACAGGGAAUUUGUCAAGGAAGUUGGACUGCCGGAUGUCCUCUAUCACGAAUACGACUUCCACGCUGAGACAAAAGGCAUGAAGUACGAGAACAUCUCCAAACUCAUCAGUGCCCUAGAAAGGACCUUUGAGCAGCAAGGGUACCUUUGGCUGUCCGGGGACCGCUUGAUGUCCACGCAGAAGGGCGUCUUCCGUACAAAUUGUAUCGACUGCUUGGAUAGGACGAACGUCGUGCAGUCUGCGUUCGCUCGCUUCAUUCUCAACAAGCAACUGGGUGCUGUUGCGUUGACCAACUCUGCGACUGACGGGCAAUCCAACAUGGAUGUCGUCUUUAAUGACAUGUGGGCGAACAACGGCGACGCAAUCAGCAGGGCAUACGCAGGCACCUCUGCUCUCAAAGGCGACUUUACAAGGACGGGGAAGCGGGACAUCGGCGGCAUGCUCAACGACGGAGUCAACUCUCUGGCACGGAUGUAUGCAUCGACGUUUGGCGACUGGUUCUCGCAAGCGGUCAUCGACUACAUGCUGGGCUAUCGCACCCUAACCGUCUUCUCUGAAUUCCUGCUGAAGUUGCAGUCAACCGACCCAGGAGAGCUCAUUCGGUUGUCGAAGAUCCGCGCUGAAGCCAUUGCAACCUCGGUCUCCCGGGUUCUGGAUGAAGGAGAAAGGUUGCUGUCGGCGUGGACUGUAUUAUCACCAGAAGGGUUCAACGUCAAGAUUGGACCGAAGUUCGAGGAGAAAGUCCUUUUGUUAACGGCACGAGCGCUGUAUAUCAUUCGUUACGACUAUACUCUGGAGAAGGUCAAAGCCUACACCCGCGUACCACUCGGUGACAUUACGGGUAUCACCAAAGGAGCGUACAUUCUUUCGCCAUUGGAGGAAGCCAGCCGUGAUCCCAAGCAGAACGCCGGCUUCGUCGUACGCUGGAUCAGUACAAAUCAGACGACCCGCGUAUCGUCUUACUCGGUGAAGAAUACACUGGACGCAAGCAGUUUCCUACCGGUGUCGAAAUCGGACAGCCCCAUCACGAGCAGCCCCCUUUCGUCCAGCCCUACCACCGAGUCACCUACCAAGAAUAAUCCCCUCACUUCGACUAACUCUCCCAGUCGUCGUUUCUCUAUACCCGCAUCGCUCAGCAAUCUCAACCAAUCGAUCAGCAACACUGUCAAUCCUCUUCUACCCCGGAAACGGAAGACACUGGCGCUGUCGGACGUUCUGUCAAAGGCGGAGUCGGGAGGCGAGGUCACGUUCGCUGCAUUCAAGGCGCUUCAGAUCGACCCUACGCGGACGCGGCACGACGCCAGUGGCGGCUCCGUUGUGGGCGGCACUAUCGACAGCAGGAAGUCGUCUGUCUAUGCAGAGCCGGCGGACGAGCUGAGCGGGGCUCGGGACUGUCAAGAGGCAGUCGACAUGAUUGUGGACGCGGUGCAGGCUGCGUGCAAGGAUAUAGGUGGUGGCGUGGGCGCAGAGGGCGAGGACUUCGUCAAGAAGGAGGAUAUUGUCAGUGUUAGCGAAGCAGAAAGGUUGACAACGAUGUAUGCCAAGAUGGAGUAUGGACUGAAGAGGCUGCUCUGGCUCGGUAGCUGAGCGUCGGACACAAUGUCUUC